CACCGCAAACCAUCACCAGCGCCCUCUCCGAUCAUCGUCCUCCUCCCCACCGCAACCAGCCAGCCACCUCUCGAUCCGUCCGCGAUGGCGCCCAAGGCGGAGAAGAAGCCCGCGGAGAAGAAGCCGGCGGAGGAGAAGGCGGAGAAGGCGCCCAAGGGGGAGAAGAAGCCCAAGGCGGAGAAGCGGCUGCCGGCGGCCAAGGAGGGCGGCGGCGGCGGCGGCUCGGACAAGAAGGCCAAGAAGGCCAAGAAGAGCGUGGAGACGUACAAGAUCUACAUCUUCAAGGUGCUGAAGCAGGUGCACCCGGACAUCGGCAUCUCCUCCAAGGCCAUGUCCAUCAUGAACUCCUUCAUCAACGACAUCUUCGAGAAGCUCGCGCAGGAGGCCGCCAAGCUCGCCCGGUACAACAAGAAGCCCACCAUCACCUCCCGCGAGAUCCAGACCUCCGUCCGCCUCGUCCUCCCCGGCGAGCUCGCCAAGCACGCUGUCUCCGAGGGCACCAAGGCCGUCACCAAGUUCACCUCCUCCUAGACGCUCGUCCCCCGCCCUUCUCUCUCGUCUCCUCGCGUUUGAUGAUCGUCUUGGCCCCAGGGAUCGAGGCUCGUAGUUUGUAAUUGUUUUCGUUUGUUACAAUGAACAAUGGAUGAAUGGAAUCGCUACAGAUUGGUUGCAAUA